AUGACCCGCGACCAGAACAUGCGUGACCGUGAGGACACUGUCACCCUCGCCGACGAGCCCGUGAUUGUGGAUGCCUUUGAGAAGGAACUCUACAUUUCGUCCCCCGAGCCCGAGUCCAUGACUGAGGGCCAGGACGCCACGGGGAAGGAGUCCACCGAGAAGGACUCUGAGAAGGAGCAGCAGCAGCACUGCGACUGCUGUCGCCACAACGCUGCGCCGACCAUGGCCCAGCUGGCUUUCGCCUUUGCCGGCCUCGGGCGCGGCUUUGGUCGUCGCGGAGGCGGCGGAAAGGGCUUUGGCGGUGGUGGUGGUGGUAGGCACCACGGCCGGUUCGGUCACCACCGCGCCUACUCCCCGCCUGGCUGGGAGGAGAUCAAGGACAUUCCCCACCACCGCCGUGGCGGUCGCCACCACGAAGGCAAGGGUGGCAAGUUUGGACGCGGCGGUCGCUGCAACUGCGAGCGCGAAGAGUCGGGUGCCAUCAAGAACGUCGACAACGAGUGUCUCAUCCACGGCACCGAGAACAUCAAGGCCAGGGAUGAGUCUGGACCCCGCAUGCACCGCCGCGGAGGUCGCGGAGGUCAUGGAUACAAGGGUGAGGGCCGCUGCGUCUGCACCCGCGACGGCGAGGCCAUCAAGGAUGUCGCCGACGACUGCGUCAUCCACGGCAAGGAUGGCCUGCGCGAGGUGUCGGACGAGCGUGUCGAGUGCUACGGCCGCAUGGCCAAGAUUGGCCGCGGUUUCGGUUCAGGUAUGCCCAUGGGCAUGGGCUUUGAGGGCCACCGCCACCGUGGAGGACGCUUCGAGCACGGCAUGAUGGCUCACCACAUUGGUGGCGGCCACAAGAUGAAGGGAGGCCGCCACGGGCACGGACAUGGAGGAUUUGGAGCCUCUGGUGGUCCCGGACGUCACGGCCACGGUCACUUCCGCCCCACUUGA